CGCCACCCCGCACCGCACUCACUCGCUCUCCCAGACCGUGCAGAAGCGGCCACACAACCGUCGCCCGGCGCAGAUUCGCCGGAUUACUUCUGGAGGACUACUUUGUCACUAAACCCUCACGCCCCCCUCCCCCGUGGAUCUGCCGCGCCGUGUUACCCAGCUGGGGCGACAGUGCCGCGUUUUCUGAUCGAAAUCCCUGAGGCGUAUUGACAGCUUCUGCUAACUUCUAAGGUGAGCGUGUGUGUGGGGGGGGGCGGGGGGCGGGGCUCUGGGAGAUGGCUCACCUGAGCGAGGUGCACCUGGGGAAGGAGAACUGCCCCACGGACCCCAAGGGCCCCCCGGCAAAACUGCCCCGGCUGGGGCAGAACGGGAGUCCCCUCGGGGGCCCGGCCUGGCUGGGGGGCCUGGGAGGGGCCCUCAAACCGCUGGGGCCCAUCCACCUGCGGCCCCGCCACAAGAGAGGUAACAUGCUGCCCGUGUUCUGCGUGGUGGAGCCCCAGGAGGGUGGGCUGGAGUGCGGGGAGGGUAAGGAGGAGCACGCGGAGUUCGUGCUCCUGAGGAAGGACAUGCUCUUUAACCAGCUGAUCGAGACGGCCCUCCUCUCCCUGGGGUACUCGCAUAGCUCCGCAGCACAAGCCAAAGGGUUGAUCCAGGUGGGGAGGUGGAACCCCGUCCCUCUCUCCUGUGUGACGGACGUUCCUGACGCCACGGUGGCAGACAUGCUGCAGGACGUUUAUCACGUCAUCACUCUGAAAAUACAGCUGCUCAGGUCAGUCCCCACAACACACUGUCACACAAACCACAUCCUACAUCAGCUGCUUCUGAACCUGCGGGCCAUCAGCGGCUUCCUGCAGCUGCCCGCGGGCGAGCGAGACCGCAUCUACCAGGAGGAGAGAGAGAGGAGCACCCCCGGCCCCGGGGCCCCCGUCGCCACGCCCCCGCCACGCCCGCCGCAGGUCAGGAGGGAGGAUUGUAAUAGCAGCAGGCCUGAUGAUUGGCACCAGCGGGGACCAAUGAGCACCCUUCCCGGCGUGCCCCCCCUCCUCCAGGUGGAGCGAAACGGCAAUACUGAGAGCUUCACCCCCCUACACGCCCCCCCCCACUGGCCCCCCCACGGCCCCCCCCUCUGCACAUCCAUCUAUGAUGACAUCCAGCAGGAGAUGAAGAGGGCCAAAGUCUCCCAGGCCCUGUUUGCCAAGGUGGCGGCUUCCAAGAGCCAGGGCUGGCUGUGUGAGCUCCUGCGCUGGAAGGAGGAGCCAUCUCCUGAGAACCGCACCCUCUGGGAGAACCUGUCCCUGAUUCGCCGCUUCCUCAGCCUGGCCCAAUCAGAGCGCGAUGCCGUCUACGAGCAGGAGAGCAGCGGGGUGCCGCAGUACCUGCCUGAGCGGCCCACUCACCUGCAGCACCUGGAGCCUGUACAGACGCAGACUAGGCAGCAUCAGCAUCAGCACCAGCGGAUUUCCCCGUCGCCACAGCAACAGGCCCCGCCCCCCCAGCAGGCCCAGGGAGGCCGGCAGCCUGCUGCAGAGGGGGGCGUGGCCGGGGGCGGGAUCUCCGCGGCGGCCCUGCAGAUCCUCAGCAGCUUUGCGCAGGACGUGGGAACCCACCCCGACGAGGAGGCCGUGCAGACCCUGUCUGCCCAGCUGGACCUGCCCAAACUCACCAUCCGCUCCUUCCUGCUCCGCCAGCACCACGGCCCACAGACCAGCCCUGCCCACCCCGCCCUGACGCCCGAGACCACGCCCUGCACUGAGCCAGCCCAGCCCCACCACGCCCCCCUGUCUGACCACGCCCCCCCAGUCUGA